GCUGAGCGCUCAGUCGGUUAAUCCACCUGAAGGGAGGGCCCGCGGAGGAGACCGGGGGCCUCUCGGAGGCCGGGGGAAGCGGCGGCGGGCCGCCGAGGGAAGAAUGAGGGGGUGCUGAGCCGAGCCUGUUGCCCGUGGCACCUCCGAGGCCGAAGAACCGUUGCUACCCGCUGAGGAGAAGCCAAACUCGGGCAUGUCAACGGAGGGGGCGUGGCCCGCGUGAAGAACAACGAGGGGGCGUGGCCGGAUUCCAUCAUCUGCUGGAAAAGAUGGGGAAUGUGGAGAGUAGCACCUACCAGAAACACCUCUCGAGGUUCCUCCCUGAUGAACAAGCCGACAUCGAUGGUGUCUUUAGCACCUUAUCUGGGUCAGCUGAGCCUGUCGCAGCAAAGAUGGAAAAAGCAACCAAGAAAGCUGUGACCCUGGCCAUGCUCAAGGCCUACGUCAAGGAAGCGCUACCAGAAUCGAUGAUCGUUCGGCUCCAUGACGGGAUGAAAAGCGUCCCUCUGGCCGAGAAGUCCCCGGCACUGGACACUCAGGUAGUCAAGGAACAGUUUGUCGUCUUUAUGUCGGCCCUCCUCAAAGGCAACGCUGAGGAAAAGAGCGGCACCGUCCUGAAGAUGAUAUCGGCCACUGCAGGGACGGUGAAGGCCAGCCAGAUCUUAAAGUUUGCAGAGGACCUGGUGGGCUCCGUGGUGCACGUUCUGAGCUACAGGAAGGCGCUGCAAGGGUGGAACCUCCAGGAUCCUCGCAACGUGAGCUCUGGAGUCAAAGCUUUGGCCUCCCAGCUGAUAGCGGAGCUGAAAGCGGCAGACGGGAAGAGAACCGAAGGCGCUCAGGCCCUAGACGCCAUCUGCGACCAAAGCAGCGUUGAGGAUUGGCUGUUCCGGGUGCCACAGGUCUCCGCUUUUCUCAGCGUGAUCAUCCGGCAGGGGCUGCUUGUCCUCCAUUCUCUCCCGGACCAAGCCCGAGACCCCCUCCACAUUCUGCCAGCCUGCAAAGGGGCCAAAGGGGGCCGUUUUGCCAGCCUUCUUGACAUCCCGUCCGUCGCAUACAUCAACUCCCACCUGCCUUCUGAGCUGCAGCACAAGUGGCGGCUGAUCUUCGCCUCUCGGGUUCACGGGGAGAGCUUCACGCAGCUGUGCGGGCACAUUGUGAACCAGGGGCCCUGCGUGCUGGUCUUGAAGGAUGUCGACGGCUACAUCUUCGGCGGCUUUGCCUCCUGCUCCUGGGAGGUCAAGCCACAGUUCCAAGGCGACAGCGGGUGCUUCCUGUUUUCCGUGUCUCCCUCCCUGGCGGUGUUCACUUACACCGGCUACAACGACCACUACAUGUACUUGAACCACGGGCAGCAGAUGAUGCCAAACGGACUCGGCAUGGGUGGGCAGCACAACUACUUCGGGCUCUGGAUCGACGGCAACUACGGGAAGGGCCACAGCAAGGCCAAGCCCCGGUGCACCACCUACAACAGCCCCCAGCUGUCGGCCAGUGAGAACUUCACGCUGGACGCCGUGGAGGUGUGGGCAGUGGGAGACCUCCCAGAAGACACCACUGGGAAAGGGGCCAAGAGCGUCCUGGACGCAGACCCCGAGGCCCAGGCCUUGCUGGAGAUGAUCGGGAAGAGCCGCCAGAGCGAAGGGCUGCGGGAGCCGGUGGACGACGGGGACGGCAACUGAGGAAGGGCUUGGGAGCGGGUGCCGAGGUCUCUGUUGUGCACGUGGCAAGAACAGGCAAAAUGAGCACCCUUGGAGUCCAGCUGGCCUGAUGCGGAGGGGGGCAGAGGUUGUUAUGGCUGGGCUGGCCCGUCGGGGUGGUGGGUGCAUGUUUUAAGUAGCCAGUUUGUUGUAGAGGAUAUAGCCAAAUCUAGAUAGGUCUGGGUCCCCCCCCCCUUUUUUUUCUUAAUCCUCUGAUCUGAACUACUUCCCUGCAGUCUGCCUGUGCAUGGCCCAACUGAUACUACAUGACAGGGGUUUCCAGCCCUGCGGUUCCCCCUGAUGAUGGUGGACUACAAAUCCCAUCACCCUCUACAACAAUAGGGUUUUUUUUAAAAAAAAUAAAAAUUUAAGGGGGUUUUGUAGUCCUACAACAUCAGUGGCCCCCCAAGGCUGGUAACCCCACACCAUAGGAGAGAGAACUCUUGGGAUAGCAUGUCUUGAACGCAUCGGAGUCUGUCUUCACAACCCAAAGGGUGCUCUGCUCACUGUGAACUGGAGCAGAUUUUGCCGGGUGAAAUUCUCGUGCUGGGCUAGGAGUCUGCCACCUGUGGGCCAGGUGGAGUGGGGAAGGUGUCAGGGGUGAAAGAGGGGUCAAUGUUUCCUUGCCUCAUGGGCAUGUUUCAGGGUGGGGUGGCUUUUGGGGGGCAGGGGGGUUGAUCCCCAAUGAUGCUCUUCGCAGCCACGGGCCCCGCCCCAGGAAUGACCCAGAAAAGUUGUAUAACGAGAGAUGAUCUCACGCUGAGGGACUUCUUGGGGAUGGGGGCAGGGGCGGGGAUAUAUGGCUACCAGCAGGGAGCUGCUGGGACAAGCCCCAGUGUGUGUGACCCUCCGAAAUCCCUGAAAUCCUUGAAUACCAAAUUUCGCUCCCAGUUAUUCCUGAGAAAUACUCUCCUGUAGCUAUCCCUGUUUUAAAUGUGAAAAACAAAGCAAAUUAGAUGACCAACCAGUUUGUACCAACUAGUGUUAAAAAAUGCAGGCUUGCAGGCCACACAGGGCUGUUUGGCAGGCUCCAGCAGCCUUUUAAAAAGCAUGCCAAGGUGUGCUGUUUUACACAGCUAUCCCAAUUUGUCAGACCUUUUCCAGACCUGAGAUGGUCAGCUUUGGAGAAGACCGUUGGAUGUUGUCUUGAAGCCAAAGCCCUGAAUGAAAAGAUACUAGCACCAUUUGAACCUUGCCGAUUAUUGGGAGGAGAGAAAGGAAGGGAAAGCGUUCUAUAGAGGAAAACUGUCUGUCCCAAAUGCGGAAGUGACCUUUGUCUCCCAAGCCAAACAGAAGCCAGGUCUGGCCAGAAGCUCUGGUCUCCAGACUAGGACAUCUUUUGCCUACACUGCUGCCUUGCGGAUGUUGCAUCUUAAGGCCUUGUAACCUUUGAAGGAACUAUUUCAUACUACAGGUUUUAUUGCAAUAAAUCUACCAUAGCUUAUAGGACCCAUGCGGAUGGGGCUGUAGCUCAGUGGCAGAGCAUCUGCUUUGUAUGCAGAACGUCCCAGGUCCCAUCCCUGACAGCACUCCAGGAAAGUGUCUAAAACGCUGGAGGUUCGGGCAGCAGGUGACGCCAAAGACUUCUUCCUGAGGUCCUGCCAGGAGAGAUGCUGCCAGUCAGAGUAGACGCUUCCAGGCUCGAUGGACCAGUGGUUGGACUCUGCAUGAGGCAGCUUUGUUUGUUCUUAUAUUUUCUAAUGUGUAAGGGGACACAAUGCAAGUUCCGUGCCAUAGCCCAGGGCUGGACAACUUGGCACUACAGCUCCCACAGUCCCCAGUAGUUGGGGAUUAUGGGAACUGUAGGCCAGCAUCUGCAGGACAGCUGAAAUUGUGCAGCCCUACUAUAGAAACUCGUUUCCUGAGGCAGGGAUCACACCAGUUAGUGGAGGUGGACAGAGCAGGCUGGUGUCCUAGGGACAGAGGAAGCUGCCUUAUACAGAGUCAGACCAUUUGCUCUAUCUAACUCAGUAUUGUCUGCAUAGACUGGCAGCGGCUUCUCCAGGGUUGUAGCCAGGAGUCUCUCCCAGCCCUAUCUUGGAGGUGCGAGGGAGAGAACUUGGAACCAACCUUCUGCAUGUAAGCAGGCAGGUGCUCUUUCGAGAGCAGCACCCAUUCCCUACGGGGAAUAUGUUGCAGUACUCAGUAGUCUCCCAUUCAAAUGCAAGCCAGGAUGGAUUCUGGUUAGCAAAGGGGUCAAUUCAUGUUUGCUACCACAAGACCAGCCACCUAAUGGCGCAGCGGGGAAAUGCUUGACUAGCAAGCAGAAGGUUGUCGGUUCGAAUCCCCAAUGGUACUAUAUUGGGCAGCAGCGAUCUAGGAAGAUGCUGAAAGGCAUCAUCUCAGACUGCGCGGGAGGAGGCAAUGGUAAACCCCUCCUGUAUUCUACCAAAGAAAAACCACAGGGCUCUGUGGGCGCCAGGAGUCGAAAUCGACUUGACGGCACCACAAGACCAGCUCCCCUCCCAUCUGUCUUCGAUUCCCUUACUGGCUGUUGAACAAUAACGAUCAAAGGACUACUUUGCCUUUUUAAAAACAAACCCUAACAAACAACAAACCCUUGUUUAUGGUCAACUUUGAAAAGAGUAAGAAGCCAAGGAGAAACUUGGGUGGAAUCACAACUAUGCAUUUUUUUUUAAAAAAAAAUCUUGUUCCAACAAAUCAUGAUGGCAUUUCCCCUCUCUGUUUGUAAUUUUGUUUUUAAGGAGUCUGUUGUGAAUUUGCUUUGAGCAGGCUAAAGACCUUUUUUUAUUUUUUAUUUGAUUGUGGGUGUACUUUACCAAGGACAAAGUCAUUGCCACAUAAGCCAAUCUCACUUCUCAUAAAUCUGCUAGCCAGUGAUCUAUUUGCUACCUCUAUCAUAUUUGGAAUUCAACUUGAAGCAAGAUGGAAAUGCUAGCUAGGUGCUAAUAGAAACUUCUGGGGGCUGAGGCCAAGGUGGGAAAUUCUGUGUUCAAUGAUGAUACUAAUCUUUCUACACUUUUCUUCACAUGGGUUUAUAAAUCAUGCAUUUGGACUUGCACGUAGCAAAUUGACAGCAACAAAUAAAUGCUUGAGGUUAUUUCUGUAA